AUGGAACCAGAACAAUCAUGGGGUAUUUAUAUAAUUCCGCUGUCACUUUUGGGAGUUAGCUGUAACUGGCUGAUCGUUUUUGCAAUCUAUUCCAACAAAUCUUCAAGACACUCGUUCUCCCUGCUCACCGCUACUCAAGCAGCUGCCAACGGUCUCUUUUCAGUACUAUACCUACUUUACGUCUGUCCGAUGAUAGUUUUUGACUUGCAAGUUUUAAGAGACAAUUCUCAUCAUGUGGGAUACGUGUUGCUUAUCUGCUAUGACGUGAAUAUUCACAUCCAUGUGCUCUCGACAGUCAAUCGGUUUUGUGCUGUAUUCCUGCCAAUUAUGUACAACAAUGUUUUCAGCUGUCACUAUUUGGAGUUAUGUGUAAUUGGCUGUUACGAAGGUUUUCGUUAUGAAGAUAUUCGAAAAUGGAUCAAGUUAUUGUCAUCGCCUUCUGUCUCUAUAUUGUCUUAUCGAAUUGCAUCUGCUCAUCCAACAGAGAUAUCGGGAUUAAAGAUGCCGAUAGUAAACACAACAGAGUGUAUAAUUUGUUUUAAUGAAUACGAUUCGGAUUCACGAAAACCUUGCGUCGGAACAUGUGGUCACUCAAUUUGUGAGGAUUGUAAACAUCAGAUGGUCUCCACAAAAUGUCCGCAGUGCAACCGAGAAAAGGCUUUUGAAAUUACCAUCAUUAAUUAUCAAGUGUUGGAACUAAUUAACCAUUUCAAGAUCAUGGAAGCGGGCUGUUCAUCGUCAGGGCAAUCGUCAUUAGACGAUCUAAUAGAUCUCGACGAAGGAACUUGUAGCGAAUGUACAUUAAGGUCUCGACAUCUUCGUCUUUGUAUCACGUGUGCGAAAAACGCUGACCAAAUAUGCGAAGAAUUGGCUGAUAAAUUCAAGGGAACAAUUAACUCGCUUAAAAAAUACUUUGAGCACUUCAACCUAUUGCCCGCUACCGAAAGAAAAAUCGAAGCAAGAAUAGAAAAAGUCAAUGAUACUAUGUCAUUGGCGAGAGAUGCUCUGAAAAGACUGGACUUAUUGAAUAAGGAGUUUGAAGAAAGUGCAGAUGUAGUCAAAAAUAAUGCAAAAGCAGUCACAAAAGCUACUACCGUGUUUGUGAAUAUGGAUCCAGUUCUUGUCGCAGACCGAAAACAAAGUGCUCGCGAGCCACUUCUCGCUGGUCUCUUCAAAGACAACGUUUGGACGCCACUUGGACGAAUGCCGAACCCAAAAUCAAACUUUGCGGUGGCGAGUAACAAAUCACAAAUCUUUGUUGUCGGAGGAAUAUUUAACGGGUCCCGACUUCAAGAAGUCGAAUUGUAUGAUACGAAUACAAAGUCGAGAAAAAGUUGUGCUCCAAUGAAACGUGGCAGAGCUCGGGCAUCUGCCGGAUUUCAUAACAACAAAAUCUAUGUCGCUGGAGGAUACAAUAGCGAUUAUAUGGAUUCUGUCGAAGUUUUCGAUCCUGAUCAUGAAACUUGGGAAGAUGGACCGUCACUUCUGAGACCUCGUGCGGAUGGAGCUGUAGUUUCGUGUAAUGGAGCACUUUUUGUUCUCGGAGGGUUCAAUGGAAACGAUAAUGAAGAGGAGAUCGAACAACUGAUGGAACAGACGCAAAAAUUUGAAGUGAUUGGUGAAAUACGAGGGAGUCGAGCGGGAUUUGGUGCAUGCGAAUUUCGUGGAAGAAUAUAUAUUGCUGGGGGAUGGAAUGGCACAAGUGAUACGUUGAGAUCUGUCAGAAGUUACGAUCCAAUAACUAAUUCGUGGAGAGAGGAACCAUCAAUGAAUAGAGCCAGAAAGUAUUUCACACUUUGUGCAAGGGAAAACACGAUUUAUGCUAUCCGAGUGGGUCCAGAUGAUUCCAGUGAGAUCAACGAAAUUGAGAAGUUUGAUGUGGAAGGACAAAAGUGGAACCUCAUACCGCAUAACAAUCAAGACUCUAAAUAA